UUUGGCGUUGAGUUUUUGUAAGUGUCGGUCUGGCGGGUAUGGAGGAGAGAAGAGCGGUGGGGAGGAGAGUGAGAGGAGUGUGGGACCCGUGUGUAAUCAGAUGAGAGAGAAAGAGAGAAAAAACUUCAACAUCACGACAGAAAGAGGGAAAAUGGAGGAGAGAGAUAGAAAUAGAGAGUAGUAAAGGCCAGCUAGCAAUGAAGGAGGAGGCUCACCUACCAUUACCAUCACUCUCUCUUCCUUUUUAGCCUUUCUCCUUCUCCUCUCAUCUUCUUUCAAACCACCUCUCUCUCUCUCUGUUCUGCAACUCCAUCUCUCUCUGCUUUUUCUUUCUCACAUUCUCUAUAAUUUGAGUUGCUCACAGUAGACGAAUUAGUUAGGGUUUUUAGUUACAAGACUACUUGCAUCUUCUUCUGUGGAUUUUCCUUCGUUUCGCGCGGGAAUUACAUCUGUUAUUAGUACAAAGCCAUUUUAAAUUACAGGAAAAUUUCUUACUUCGAGAAAAUGAUCGGACCAAACUUCAUGGACGACAUUGACUGCGGAAGCUUCUUCGACCACAUCGACGACCUUCUUGAUUUCCCCAGCGAUGACGUCGACGCCGGCUUGGGCCCAAGCACCGACAGCAAAUCCUUCCCAAGCAUUUGGUCAACUCAAUCCAACUCGCUCCCCGGUUCCGACUCGGUCUUUUCCGGUAAUAGUGCAUCCGACCUCUCCGCCGAGCUCUCUGUUCCGUAUGAAGACAUUGUCCAAUUGGAGUGGCUGUCCACAUUUGUGGAGGACUCAUUCUCUGGUGGAAGUCUCACUAUGAACAAAGAAGAAUCAUUCUCUUUAAACAAGGACUCAUCCCGCCAACAGUUCCAAACUUCCAGCCCUGUUUCAGUUCUCGAAAGUAGCUCUUCUUGCUCCGGUGAAAAGAGUGGACCUCGUAGCCCAGAAGCCACCACCCCUGGAGGGCGGCGUGGACGUGCACGCAGCAAACGUCCUCGCCCUGCCACAUUCAAUCCUCGCCCUGCAAUUCAACUUAUUUCGCCAACAUCCUCAGUGAUCGACACCCCUCUGCCAUUUGUUACCCCUAAGAGCUCAUCUGAUUCUGAGAAUUUUGCUGAGUCUCGCCCUAUGAUUAAGAUUCCUAGGAAAAUUCCCGUGGAUCAAAAGAAGAAAAAGAAGAUCAGACUAACGUUUCCUGCACCCCCUAUGGAGAUGAACCAAAAUCCAACUUUGCAAGCAGCAGUUAGGAAGUGUAUGCAUUGUGAGAUUACUAAGACACCUCAGUGGAGAGCAGGGCCAAUGGGGCCUAAAACCCUUUGCAAUGCUUGCGGUGUUCGCUACAAAUCAGGCCGGCUCUACCCAGAAUACCGGCCUGCAGCCAGCCCAACAUUCAUUCCAUCUUUGCAUUCCAAUUCCCAUAAGAAGGUUCUUGAGAUGAGAAACAAGGGUGGUGAGCUGAUAGCUGUGGCUGGAACUUCGAGUGCAAUGACAUUGAAUGAGACCACCACGCCAGAACUUAUUCCAAAUACAAAUAGCAGCAUUUCGCUGGAUUAUAUGUGAGGGAGAAUUAGAGAAGAAGUGUGUUUUCUCUAUUUGGGAAAAACAUUUCUUCAUUGGCCUUCCCUAUUAGUUCCUCUGUUAUGUUAUAUCCGCUUACUGUUUAUUUCAUUUCUUUGUUCAUUGGUUUUUUGUACAGGGAUGGAAUGGGGGGGUUGGCAAAUAGGAGCAAACAUAGAUGACCAUAUAUUUUUAGCUAGUAGAGAAGGAAGGAUUGUAAUGAGAGAACUGAAAAAGAAGAAAUGGUAGAAAAAAGAAUAUGCAAGUUUAAGAGGGUAGAGAGUUUAGGUUUAGUUUGAUGGUUAGUAAGGUCCUCGAGGUUAUAUUAGGUUUGUUGAGUUCUAUUCUGUGUUUGGCUCUUCUUUUAUUUUUCUUUGUAUUCUUUUCUCUUUUACUUCCUUUUGUAAGGGAAUUCUUUUUGCAGUUCAUUUGUAGUAGCAAAAAUUCUGAGAUGAGUAAUGGAAUUUAAAAUUUGUUA